AUGCCUAAAUCUUCUAAUUACACUGAGGAGCAGUUGCAAAGAGCUGUUGAUGCGUACAAAAGCAAUUCAAAAUUAAAAAUCACAUCUCUGUCGCGAGAAUUCAAAGUCCCAUAUGCCACCUUAUAUAGGAGGAUCAACGGGAAGAAAUCAAGGACUAUGAGGGUUCCACUGAAUAGAGCAUUGAAUGACAGCCAGGAGGAGGCAAUUAAGAUAUGGAUUCAUCAGUUGGAUAUUAAUUUUUGCCCGCCCACCAUCGAGCAUAUCGAAGCCGCCGCGAACCGCAUGUUGAGACAGCAUCAUACAGAUCCAGAGACCGCACCUCCCACAGUAAGCAAGAUGUGGGCAUAUCAAUCCAUCAAACACCUGCCAGAUUACGAACGGGUCAAGCAAAAGCCCAUGAAUCCAAAACAGAUGUCUUGUGAGAAUAUAAGCUUCAUUAUCAACUGGUUUGAUCAAUAUGAAGCUGUCUUCAAUCAAUAUCACUUUUUCCCCUGCGAUAUCUACAACUUUGAUGAGAUUGGAUUUCAAGAAGGAGAAGGAUGUGGACAGUGGGUUAUAACUGUCUUUAGAGACACAAAUUCCAUCAUACAGUCAUCAUACUCCCGCGGGUUAAUAACAGUGGUGGAGUGUAAGAAUUCAUCCAAUACUGUGAUCUUCAUAAGAUUAUUCUAUUCAGAUUCCCAUCUCAUACAAGUCAUAUUCUACAACCUCUUGAUGGCAUACCUUUUCAGCAGCAUAAGCAUUAUCAUACAAAGGCAGUUAAUGAGGCCGCCCGCUACGGAUAUGAGCACAUUCAAACCUGGCACUGUGAGAGCUGGCUUUGCCGACCGCGGAAUGUAUCCAGUUAAUUGCGAUAUAAUUCUCAAUCGAUUGAGACCUCUUACCAUUGAUGAUGCCCCGGAUCUCAACAUAUAUGAUGGUGAUGGUGAUGUAUGCAAUCACUUUACCCCGCCGCCUGCAGAUCGACUGUCAACUGCCUCUUUGCAAUUAACCUCCCCAGAGACAGUUGCAAAACUACGUCGCCAAAUCGAUGCAGCAGCCAAGGCCUUACAAGAUGUGAAGGAUACCCUUACACCUGGUUUGACAAGGCGGUUGGACAAGAUCUUCAAGGGUAGCAUGGUCCAGGCGGAAUUGAACGCGCACCGUGAGGGUGAACUUGCAGGUCAUUAUCGAGCAAAUAGACGUCGGGUCGUCAAAUCCUCCCGCAGGCAGGUGCAAGUAGGCGGAGUCCUCACUAUUAAGGAUGCCAAUCGCAAGAUCGCGACCCGUAGAGCAGAUGAGAUGAAAAAGACGUUCAAUAAGAAUCUUCAGUCGAUUGGAAUCAAACCUACAAAAUCUACAGCCACUCAACCACAACAAGAUAAUUCUAUAGAAUCUCAACCUACAGUGGAUUCUACACCUUCUAAUGAAUAG